ACGUCACUUCCUGUUUCUUUAAGGGAACGUGGCUUUUCCCGCAGCGCCCGUCUUCCCGUCUUGCGUCUCUGCUGCGGCGGCGGGAGCUGGAGUCGGACCCGGAGCGCAGCGUCGCCAUGGACUCGGCCCUCAGCGACCCGCACAACGGCAGCGCCGAGGCAGGCGGCGCAGCCAACGGCACGACGCGGCCGCCUUCCACGCCCGAGGGCAUCGCGCUGGCCUACGGCAGCCUCCUGCUCAUGGCGCUACUGCCCAUCUUCUUCGGCGCCCUGCGCUCGGUGCGCUGCGCCCGCGGCAAGAACGCCUCAGACAUGCCCGAGACUAUCACCAGCCGGGACGCCGCCCGGUUCCCCAUCAUCGCCAGCUGCACGCUCUUGGGGCUCUAUCUCUUUUUCAAAAUAUUCUCCCAGGAGUACAUCAACCUCUUGCUGUCCAUGUAUUUCUUCGUGUUGGGGAUCCUGGCCCUGUCCCACACCAUCAGCCCCUUCAUGAAUAAGUUUUUUCCAGCCAGCUUCCCAAAUCGACAGUACCAGCUGCUCUUCACGCAGGGCUCUGGGGAGAACAAGGAAGGUGGGAGGGGCAGCCCCGCCCCGGGGAGUGGACUUACCCGGCCUCUCUGCCCAGAGAUCAUCAAUUAUGAGUUUGACGCCAAGGACCUGGUAUGCCUGGGCCUGAGCAGCAUCGUUGGCGUCUGGUACCUGCUGAGGAAGCACUGGAUUGCCAACAACCUCUUUGGCCUGGCCUUCUCCCUUAACGGGGUGGAGCUCCUGCACCUAAACAACGUCAGCACCGGCUGCAUCCUGCUAGGCGGGCUCUUCAUCUACGAUGUCUUCUGGGUAUUUGGCACCAAUGUGAUGGUGACAGUGGCCAAGUCCUUUGAGGCACCAAUAAAAUUGGUGUUCCCCCAGGACCUACUGGAGAAGGGCCUCGAAGCGGACAACUUUGCCAUGCUGGGACUCGGAGAUAUCGUCAUUCCAGGGAUCUUCAUUGCCUUGCUGCUACGUUUUGACAUCAGCUUAAAGAAGAACACCCACACCUACUUCUACACCAGCUUUGCAGCCUACAUCUUUGGCCUGGGCCUCACCAUCUUCAUCAUGCACAUCUUCAAGCAUGCCCAGCCUGCCCUUCUGUACCUGGUCCCCGCCUGCAUCGGCUUUCCUGUCCUGGUGGCACUGGCCAAGGGGGAAGUGACAGAGAUGUUCAGUUAUGAGGAGUCAAAUCCUAAGGACGCAGCAGCAGUGACAGAGGGAUCCAAAGAGGGAACAGAGGCCUCGGCAUCAAAGGGGCUGGAGAAGAAGGAGAAAUGAUACGGCUGGGGCCUGACCCUCUGAGGGCCAGGCCAGGCAGGCGGGGGCAGGCCUGCACAGGCCUGCGCGGGCAGAGGCAUCGGAGGCCAAGGGUGCGGGAGGCCGGGCAGCUUCGGGAGAGGGACGGGGGCAACAGGAUCCCUCCAGCGGGGCUUCCCAUGGCCUGGUCCCUUCGUCGUCCUUCCCUGGCCUUCCUCUGCCCCUUCCCAUCCCCUGCAGGCAGCAGCAGCCCCAACUUCCCUCACCCUCCCAGAUGCCAGGCGGGAAAAGUGGAUCUGAUUUUUAGAUUUUUGUAUUGUGGACUGACUUUGCCUUACAUUAAAAAUUCAUCCCAGGGGUGCCUGGGUGGCUCAGUC